GGUAAGACAAGGCCCACACACAGGUGUACUUGGAGGCCUCGAUUCAUAAGCCCAAAAAAAACAAGGAGCGCCAGCGCCAGACCCUCGGAGACCCUCCAACGGCUAGUAUCCAACGUUCAAAAUUAACAACUAUUUAAAUUUCUUCUUCCUACACUCCUCUUCCUCAAUAUCAUCGUCUCCAUUUGCUUCCUCCCCGUAUUUCUACUCUGCUCUCUUUCUCUCCCUCACUCUACCUAGAGGCGGAGGAGGCAACAUUCACAAAAUCUGCUGCAAAUCGGGCCAUAAAGCCAAUUUUGUCCCCCCAACUUCUGUAGAUUUGAAUGACGAUGCAGGAUACAUGGACUGGGCCUCCCGGCUUCCGACCAACCAAAUCUGCGCCUUCUUCGCCGGCCAAGCCACUGGGCCUAUCAAGAACUCGCUCGGAUUCAUUUCACGCCCUUCAUAAAGUCCCUGUAGGGGACACUCCGUACGUGCGAGCUAAAAACGUUCAGUUGGUAGAGAAGGAUCCGGAGAGAGCAAUUCCCCUGUUCUGGGCCGCGAUAAAUGCAGGGGAUAGGGUGGACAGUGCUCUGAAAGAUAUGGCGAUCGUGAUGAAGCAACAAAAUCGGGCCGAAGAAGCCAUUGAAGCUAUCAAGUCGUUGAGAGUACGCUGCUCAGACCAAGCUCAGGAAUCUCUCGACAAUAUUCUCUUGGAUCUCUACAAGAGAUGCGGGAGGCUGGAUGAUCAGAUCGGUUUGUUAAGACACAAGCUUUGCCUAAUCCAACAAGGAUUGGCUUUCAAUGGUAAGCGCACAAAAACCGCCAGGUCUCAGGGGAAGAAGUUUCAGGUCUCUGUAGAACAGGAAGCAACUAGAUUACUGGGGAACUUGGGAUGGGCAUUGAUGCAACAAGACAAGUACAGAGAAGCAGAGGACGCAUACAGAAGGGCACUUACAAUCGCACCAGACAGCAACAAAAUGUGCAACCUGGGGAUAUGCCUGAUGAAGCAAGGCCGGAUCACGGAGGCGAAGGACACUCUCCGGCGAGUGUCCGACGGUCCCCGGGGGAUCGAUUCUCAUCUCAAGGCCUACGAGAGAGCUCAGCAGAUGCUCAAGGACCUCGAAUCCGAAAAGAUGAGCAAGGCAGGGGGGGAUGUAGCUGAAUGGAGCAGAUUGUUCGACGCCUUUCUGGGCUCCUCUUCCAUUUGGCAGCCCCAGCCUUGCGGCAAAUCAUCGCCUGAUGAUUUCGGCGAUGAAAAUAUCAACAGGGCCAAUACCACAGUAACUAACAACAACAACAACAACAACAAAUUGCCGCCGCAACAGAGGAUGCUGAAGCAGCAGCUGGCAUCGUGGAAUGUGGAUGCCCCGCCCUUCUACUCAGGGAAGCAGCAUCAAGUUCAUGAGACUCUGAAGCGGACAAGGUUGCCGGAUAGUAAGGAUUUUGAGGAUGCUAUCCUGGCGGCAGUUCUGGGUUCUGUUUCUUCUUCAUCGUCGACUAAGGAUGAUGGGCAAGGGAAGCCGCCGCCGGUGCCGGUUGUUGUUGACUCUCAGAGGUUCAAGGUUGAGAAGAGGCUCAAGGUUUUCCAAGACAUUACUCUGUCCCUCAGCCCACGAGCCUGACUUGACUGACUGACUACUGGGAUUUGACUUCAUGAUGAUGAUGAUGAUGAUGACAUACUCUCCUGCUGCAACAUUUGUAGUCUUUCUUUUCAAACUUACAAUCUAAUCUUGAAGGUAGUAGUAGUAGUAGAGUAAGGAAGAAGAUAUCAGAUUAAGAUUUAGUUGUGGGAGGGAGAAGAUAAACUUGUUCUCCCUUAACCACUACCUUUCUAAUUGCUGGCCAUUUUCUUUUAUGAGAAUGUGGAAUAAGAAAGUGAAAUGACUCACUUUUAUCUAUUUAAUAAUUUGAGAUAAGGGUCGUUUUUCUUGCUUUGGUUAUUCACAUAACAAAAUAAGAAAGUAAGAAUACGUACUUUGUUCACAAAUACAAUAUGUAUUUAUGAGUAGGAAAAACUAGUAUACAAAACAGAGAAGACUGGCAGAAAAUGAACUGAACAACCGAACUUGGCCCCCAACUGGGAUGGCAAUUUUGACAUGACCUGUUUUACCCGACCUGUUUGGCUUGUUUUGGGGCGGGUUCGAUCUGCCCCGUAGGCGGGGCGGGGCGGGGCGGGCAUGGGUACCUCUCGUUGACCCGACCUGCCCUGACCCACCCCAUUCUCAACCCGUUCUUGCCUAACUACAUGUAAUCUUAGUAAAAUUACUUAGAAUUUUCCUCAUAUUACCUCAUAUUUUAGCUAUAAUAAAGUUACAAAUAAGUGAAAACCUCAAUUUCUCCAAUACUUUAACUAAAUUUUAUCAUAUUAUGGUUUAUUUCUCGGUAUUUUAAUGAAAAUAAUGAAUAUUUUUAAUUUUCUUCACAUAAAUUACAUACCCAUUGGGUCGACCUGCCCCGACCCGCGCCCCAUAAUAAAUUACCCGACCUGCCACGUGGCGGGUAUACGUAUCGAGAUACCCGGCCCGAACCUGUCCCAUUGCCAUUCCUAGCCCCAACCCUACGCUAGACACUACGAUUUGGGCUCAGUCUAAUGUGUAAAGGUUACAUUGGGCCGAACGAAGGAGAGAAUGGAUCCAGUCUGCUAUACAAGUGGGAUUGUCUCGACUAACAUUUUCAUGGACCCAGCGCUUCUGUAGUUCUGUAUGAACGUGUGAUGUUCCCUUGUUCGCUUUAACAGCACAAACAAGGAAGGGGGGUUGGGUCACAGGCCGGGUUGGUUGAUGUGGCUCGUCGAGUUUUAACUUUUUGGGUUUAAAAUGGGUGAUUAGAAGUUUAUGUUAGUCAAGUUAGUAAAAAAAAUUGAUGUCGUUAGCGGAGACCGACGGAAGGUAACAACAGUCAGUGAUCAAACUUCAAAUAUUAAACUAAUUUGAUCGUCCACACAUAGAGUAACAAAUUUUAAGUGGCAAACGUGAAAUAAUUUACUAAUCUCGGUGACUGAACCUGCAAUUUACCCUUUGAAAUGAUGAGCACUUAUAUCUUCUACGUCAAUCAAAUUUUAUUACCGUUCUUUCAACAACAAAUUAACCACAAUAAACUCGAUUCGAACUGUCGACAUAUCUUAAAAAAAAAUCGAUCUGAUACCAUCUUACUACGAACCCAAUAAUAAUUUGAGUGUUGCGAAAAAGAAAUAUAUGCGUUUAACCAAGUCCGUGAUGAUGAAUCAUACAUUGGCCCCAUGAUGAAUGAAUGUGGUGGAGGAGGCACUCAGCCACAUACCAAAAACUAAAGCCAAUCUCGAUACAUUGAAACCCUCGAGCUAGCUUUGGGGGAACAAGAAUUUUAUAGUGAGCACUUUUUUAAGAUUUGAGUGUCUUUCUUUCGGUGGCAACGGCACUUAGCCUGGCAUCCUGCUCCAAGUUUUACAGAACCAGCUUUGUGUUUUGGAGAAAACAAUCUCGAUGCCAAAGGAAAAUGGAAAUAUUUAUCCAAUAUAUACAUACAUGUAUCCGUUAUAGUAAACUCUGCAUUACAAAUUUUUAAUCAAACAAAUCACGUGCAUGCAUUUGUAUAUUUGGGAUGAACCCACCGAUUUGAACCGCAACCACAAUCCAUCGAGUACAUAUGAGUUCAAGUACACCAUUUCCCAAAUUCACCCUUUUCUCAGGACGAUUGGAUUGACAUCACCAGAAUCACAAUCCGAGCGUUUCAUGGUUGAAACAAAUACGGUAAUUGUCACACCACAUUCUUAAAUGUACUAAAAAGGCUAGCUUGGUCAAUGUAUGCAUUAUUUGUUGCUCACUUAUACACAAAACUAACAAAUUCAAUGCCUUCGUUUUUUGUCCCCCUUCUUCUUCUGCGACUGCCGUAUGGAUAUUAGCGAUGAAGAGACGAACUCAAUUUUCUUCUUCAUAAAAUAUAUGGUUAGAACUUGGAAGUAUUUCUUAACAUAUCAUCUUGAUAGGGAAAGAGGGAAUCUAACGGCUGGGAUCCCAUAUCUAUAGAAUUUGCUGUUUAUAAACACUCAUAACACCAAAUAAACAAAAAUCUUUAAAGUACAUUAGAUAUUAUUGAUCAAUCAAUUAUAUGUUAAAUAUGGUUAAAUUAGGGCAUAUGGUCUGAUGUUUACAUGUGAUAAUAACGAGUGAUUACUGAUUAGGAGCCUAGAGUUUCCGUUACUCGAUAUCUCAGAGUGGAAAUCAUAGUUAUUAUAUCCUAAAAUUUGGACUUUUGUUCAUUAUGGGCUUAGGCUAUGGCAAAAUUCCAGAGCUUGUCCUCAUAUACAAUUGGAUUAGAUGUUUGCCGCCUUUAUAAUGUACUAUUUUUGUAAGCACUUAUUAUAACCUAUUUUUGUAAGCACACAGAAUAUGUAUUGUUUGCACUGUUUAUAAUAUCAAAACUAUAUUAUGUGGAUAUUAUCAAUUUUUUAUCUCAAACAAUAUGUCAAAAAAAUAUUGAUAUUCAUUUUGUUGAAUUUUGAUAAAAUUAUAAGCAAGCUUCGCUCACAAUAUAUCAAAUGGAAGUGGUACGCUGCUAGAGUGUAAUGAACUUUUUCUUAGUAUAGUGAUUUAAGUACAUCAUAUUUAAUUGACUAAUCCUACUUAGUAAUCCCUUAUUCCUAUACAUAUCCAUAAAAAGACAUCUCAGAAGAUUCUGAAGUGGUCGUCAACCAAGUCCGUCAAGGCGUCUCAGAAGAUUCGAUUGGUGGUCCGCUGCUUCGAGAGUGUCUGCAGAUCCUUAACUCUUUGUCUGUCUGUAUAGAGUUUAGGGCGGUACCUAGAUCCGCCAACAGUGCUGCACAUAGAGUGGCGCGUAAAGCACUGCUUUUGUCUCUUGUAGAGCUAGAAUUUUUUGAUUUCUUGGGAUGGCUUCUUUAGAGUGUUUUAGGGGUCCUGGGUAAAAUUGUAAGCUUAACUAUUUUCUCUCAUUGAUAUCACUCAGAAAUAAAAAAUACAUAUCCAUAAAAAGGAAAAAAAAAGGAAAUUAUAAUAAAUACAUUAUUAUUAUUAUACCUCUCAACUUCAGCUUGCUCAUACCUGGCUUUGCCAUAGAAAAUGAAAGUAGGAGUAUAGAAAAUUUAUUAUUCAAAGUAUUAAGAAAAAGAAGAAGAAGAUAAUCAUAAUUGUUUACUGUAAUCUCUUUGUCGGGUUGUGGCCGGCCGGCGAACUAAACAACGAGCUUUUUAUUCAAUUAUUAUUACAAUAGUCGAGGGAGCGGAGCGGACGCAGCGUCUUGGCAAAAAAAAAAAAAAACCCGACCCGACCGCUCCUGCCAACACGUUUGCUUCCGUACCACGUGGCACGUUCUCAUUACAUGCCCCCACCUCCAACGGGAAAAUUUUAAAAAAAAUAAAGCUACAAGGAAGAUAAUUUAUUUGAAAGAUAUAUAGAGAGUGACACAAAAUUGUGACUACAUUAUCUUACAACAAUAUAAUAGUUACGUUAGGUUAUCUUGUGGAGUUGAUGUUACAUAAAUUUGUGCAAAUAUUAUACAGAGUUGAGGUGUAAUGGAUCAAGAAUUGGAGCAUGGAUGAAAAUUGAAUCUUAUACGCCGCAUGUUUUUUUUCACUACUCGCAAGAAUAUGUGGUCGGGUUAAUUUUUUUUAAAAUGUCAUGAUGGAUUAGAUUAGACAAAUGAAAUUGAAAUUAUUAUUGCUAAAUAAUAUAUGUAGGGGUUCGUCAAAACCCGAAUUGUAGACUUUGAUCCUACUAUAUUGUUUUAGUAUUGUCAAACUAGUUGAACCAUAUAAAGCCUAUGUUUGAUCCGACUUUUAGAAGUGAUUUUCGGCUUCAAAAGCUGAAGCAAGGCCAAACACCUUUAAAAGUUCGAUUUUUGAAAAGUCGGAAAACACUUUUGUAUAACAUAAAAGCAGAAGUUUAUGCGAAAAACUGUUUUGAAAAUACAAGGUCAUCAUUACCAUAUUUAAAUUUUAUUUCACAAACUAUAAUUUUCUUACAUUUAUACAUAGUAAAAUUAAAAUAAAGUA